AGAAAACAAAAACAAAACCGAAAAAAUCCUGGGGUUUGGAGUGGGAGACAUGCAGCACACACACACAGACACACACACACACACACACACAGACACACACACACGCGUACACAGACGUGCGCGCACACAUACACACACGGGCGCGCACACGCAGCCUGUCUAAAGGGCGCUGGGGUUUAGGAGGCGCGGGGCCACCCUGCCCGAACCGGCGGGCGCUGUGUCCCGCCCGGCGAGUUGGCAGUUGGCGACCCCCCCUCGACUCCCCCGCCGCCGCGGGCUCCCCGUGGCCUUCGGAGGCUCGGCGAGUCGCUCCAAAUGUUUGCCAUAUUUGUUCAGCCUCCGUAACUCGCCGAGCAGGGCCAGCGCGGCCCGCCCCGCGCCGCUCUCGCCGUCGCCCCCGCAGCCGCCAUGGGCAGGGAGCGGCCGGGCCGCGGCGCGCGGAGCCAAGGGGGACCGCCGGCCGCCGACGGCGCGGGGCCUGAGGACAUGGGGCCGAAGAGGGGCGCGGGGGCCCCCAAGGAGUGCGGGGAGGAGGAGGCCCGGACGUGCUGCGGCUGCCGGUUCCCGCUGCUGCUCGCGCUGCUGCAGCUGGCGCUGGGCGUCGCCGUGACCGUGGUGGGCUUUCUCAUGGCCGGCAUCAGCUCCUCCCUGCUAGUCAGGGACACUCCAUUUUGGGCUGGGAUCAUUGUCUGCUUAGUGGCCUAUCUUGGUUUGUUUAUGCUUUGUGUCUCCUAUCAAGUUGACGAACGGACUUGCAUCCAGUUUGCCAUGAAACUCUUGUACUUUCUGCUGAGCGCCCUUGGCCUGACGGUCUGUGUGCUGGCCGUGGCGUUCGCCGCUCACCACUAUGCCCAACUCACACAGCUUACCUGUGGAACCACGCUCGACUCCUGCCAGUGCAAACUGCCCUCCUCCGAGCCCCUCAGCAGGACCUUUGUGUACCGGGAUGUGACUGACUGUACCAGCAUCACUGGCACCUUCAAACUGUUCUUACUCAUCCAGAUGAUUCUGAACUUGGUCUGCGGCCUUGUGUGCUUGUUGGCCUGCUUUGUGAUGUGGAAACACAGGUACCAGGUCUUCUACGUGGGUGUCAGGGUGUGUUCCCUGACAACUUCCGAAGGUCAGCAGCAAAAGGUCUAACAAAAGGUGGGAGAGCAAACAGCACCCUAACUAGCUGAGAUUUUUUUUUUAAAGGAUAAAAAGAGAAAGAAAAUGAAGAAAAAAUGAAAUUUGACAAUAACUAAUAUUCACUGUUCUAAAUGAAUAUUUUUAUAUUUUUCAAGAAAUGAAAGAGCAUUUCUUCAGGUUUCCAUAGUAUUUUUUUUUUAAUUCUUAAGAUCUAAACUGACUUUGGGAUAUUAAAAGAACACGGUACAGGGAAAGAAUGGUAUAGUUCUAUCUUUAAAGUCUGGAGUCUAUUCCUAAUACUCAUGUUACCUAUUACUGAUAUAAUCUUCUUUCCCGUUAGUCCAGUUCGAUUUGGACAGUUUCAGACCCACUUGCUAAAUUUUAUAGGAUCUUCCUCCAGGCCUUUCCCCGCUCCCACCGUGAUCCUCACUAUGACUCCGAGAAAAGCAGGGGGCAGGAGGAGGGGGAAAGCUGAACAGCCAGUGUGUCUUUCUCUAUUUUCCCUGGUAGAGAUGUCUUCAAGGCAUGAAACAGCUUAAAAGAGCAGAGUAGAAAAGGAAGAGAUUUUGCAAAAGGCUAAAUAAUUACAAACACCUGGGUUGGGGCCCCUGGCCUUUUUCCUCUGCUCCCUUAUUUCCGAUCUGUAAAUAGGUCACUUAGUGAAUGCUUUGGGCGAUUGCUUCUCAGUAACUGAAAGCUGGUGGUAGUUGUAUUCUUAAUGAUAUAGAAGGUUUAAAAAUAAUUACAUUAUGCUUCUAUUCUGUCAUCUAAAACAAAUCAUUAAAACUAAUUUCUAGCUAAUGGUUAAUUAUAAUUGUGCUCAGAAGUCUAUUUAAUGAGCCCUGGCUGUACUUACGUGGCACUGUCGGUAUUUGGAGAAAUUACUAUCACAAGAGAGAAGGCUUAAAGAUUCUUUCUUCUGAAAGCCAAGCUUUACAAGGGAGAAAAAAAAAAUUUUUUUUUAAUUAAUAGCUCAGGUUAAAAAUACUCAUUUAAAUGAAAACAAGAGCAUUUGUAAUGGGAAAUGUUUAUACAAAUAGCACAUUUGUGAUACGUUGUAAAGUAUCUCUCUUAGCAGCUAAGUACUUUUGACGAAGAUUGAGUAAUGCUGAGGUGUCCCAUUCAUGAAAUUAGAUUUGAUAUGUAAUCUUAUUAUUGAUUUGUAUGCACAGUCAACUAGAGCCUUAAACUAAUGUUUUCUGAGGUCAUUAUUUGAACAUUUGGCCAUUGACUUGGAGGGUAAUUUUUGGUUUUGUUUUGAAGUGACUGCGACUUAAAAGAGCACAACUACUCUAUGGUGGGAGACUUUUCUCUCUAGUUAUUGUUAUCGUUGAAUUUGGAACAAUAUCAAUGUUUUAAGGAAGGAGCUCAGAAUGCAAAUUCAUGUAGCAUAAAUGUUACCAAAAACUUUCUCUAUUAGUAUGCUCUGUUGACAGCAGAAAUUCAAGAUAAUUGAGCUUAAUUUGCUUCUCCAUAUUGCCUAUUGAUAUAUUUUACUAAUCAUUAAACCCUACUCUAAAAAAAUCAUUUCCUUGUUUGCCUUAAGAGGUAUAUGAAUAAUUCCAUCGAUUGUGACAAUAGUGUCGAUUAUUACAUGAUAUGAAUAUCCAUAUAAAAAGGGAAAUGUUAAGUUAGUUGGAGGACUGUAAAUAUAUUUUAUGCCCUCCAGAUAAAACACCUGAUUAACAGAUGUUAAAACCUUUUUAUGUAUUGACUUGCUUUAAAAAUGGCCUUCCUGGGGCAUCCCUGGUGGCGCAGUGGUUGAGAGUCUGCCUGCCGAUGCAGGGCACACGGGUUCGUGCCCCGGUCCGGGAAGAUCCCACAUGCCGCGGAGCGGCUGGGCCCGUGAGCCAUGGCCGCUGAGCCUGCGCGUCUGGAGCCUGUGCUCCUCAACGGGAGAGGCCACAACAGUGAGAGGCCCGCAUACCGCAAAAAAAAAAAAAAAGAAAAAAAAAAGGCCUUCCUACACACUAGCUCAGGCCAAAAAUGCACCUCAGGGGCUUAAUGGAUGCUUCUGGAGCAGCGGUUUAAUACACAAAAAUUACAUCAACACACAGCAAGCCUCCUGAUGAUGACCUAAAAAAAUACUUUGUACCCUGUUAAAAAAAUUCCAAUAACUGAAUCCAUUUUGAUUUUGACAGUUUCCUACAAAAGAAAAUGACUGAUAAUCUGUGGGCUCCUUUUUAAAGAGUGAGAAACCAGUGCUUUAAUGCUAAUUACUAUGAAUAAGUCACCAUUGGAAUCACACCCUGAAUACCUUAAACAAUUUUUUAUAGCAAACACUACAAAUUUUUCUAUCAGAAAAUUAAAUUCUGCACAACACUAAGGUGCUCUAUGCUUUACAAGCGAUUCACAGGGUAUUUCAAAUGGUAGAGUAACUCUAGCUCAUAUGCUUCCUUUUUCUAAAUGAUGCAACCGGUAAGAACUGGCAUGGUGAUAAGCUUGGUAAUAAUCAGGAGAUAUAUAUAUAUGUGUGUGUGUGUAUAUAUAUUAUAUAUACACACACACACACAUAUAUAAUGUGUAUAUAUAUACACACAUUUUAUAUAUAUAUAAAAUGUGUAUAUAUAAUGGGGAUUUUGCUAUUGUGUGCUUGAAUCAUUCUUAAAUCCCUAAAGAGAGAAAAAAUUCAUAAGUAAGAAGAAACAAGAAAUAAAAUGAAAAAAUUAAAAAGGAAAGAAAGAAAAGAUUUCUGUGCUGCAAACUCACUGUGUAUUGAUACAUGUGAGAAUUGUGUUGCAUGAAUAACAAACUGCUUUGGGCUGGAUUUGAAGCAUUUUGAGGUUGUGUUUUGCAAAUAUUGAAGUUACAGGAAUGGCAACAGAAAAGGAACAGAUACCGAGCUUUACACUUAGCAAAAUGUUACAUUUGAAAUCUGACAAGGUGCCAAGAUGGUGACUGUCUCUUCUAAACCAUAAAACAGUAAGAUUUGCACAAUCCUCCUUCUCUUCCACCUCCUUCAGGAGAAUUAAAUGAAUCAAGACUUUGGAAAGAAGGCAAACAGCCGGGACUUGGCAGCACUUGAAAUAGGAGGAAUACAGCAGCCUAAGUGUGCAGACUUUGUAACUGAGCCCACCCAGUCGGUCUGUGCCUUCACGUGACCACCAUCUGUGCCUCCCUCGCUCCAUCCAAAUUUGUGCAGGCAGAUCCUUGGAGCCAUUCCUAAAAAUAUAGCUACACCAGGCCCUAGAAACUGUAGUCAAGUAACAGGCCUAACUUUUUUCCUUCCUUGAGUGAAACCUCCAUAAGAUCUCUUUUAAGGGGCUCUCAGCUGCAGACAUCAGUGUGUUCUGACAGCGAGAACCCGUUAUGUGUUUUCUAUUUGUAUCCAGGACAUUAGAAUCUGUUCACAUUCUCAUACUUCCUCUCUUGCAUGCAGUAUAUCUGGAAUAUGUUUAUAGGUUUGCUUAGUAAAGGGUGGGGUGGAGGGUAUCCGAGGGAGAUUCCAGGGGACAGUGGUGGAUCGGUUAAUGAUGAUCAGAAAUGAACUGAAAAGUUGCCCUGAAAAACUAACUGCAUCCUAUCAUGAAGCAUACCUUUACAUUUUCUAGUGACUGUCGCUGAACCAUCGCUGUGCAGCAAUACACACAGCCUGUGAAUCAGGCUGGCCCUCAGUUCUUACUGUACUCAAAGAACUUGAUCAUAUUUUUAGAUGUACGCUGUGUUUUCAGGGUAGUGUUACAAAGAGCUGAUGGCCACAUAUAUUGAGUCACAGUGGAAACGUUCAUUUGGAUAAAGGUUCAGUGGUUCAGCCUGUGAACUGAAUACCUUGAUUGGUUUCUUCUAAUUUUCUAGUAUUUUAUUAUCUCAAAAAAUUAUCCCCUUCGAAAAUAUUGGUCUGUACUUUGGUGUUGCAGUUUUCUUCUUCUGGCAUUAAGAGUAUAAUGAGUAGAAAACAAAGUGUUUCCUACACGUUUGAGGUGGUUGUUUUUAAGGGGGUGUGUAUACUGAAGAUUUUCUUUGUUAAUAAAAUUUUCAUAAUCUCUGAAA